GAUUUACUGGUGUGAUCCCAGAUUAGCUUCGUCAAAAUAUAAUGCAUAUAAGUAUCCCACUUGAUUAUCUCAUCUGAUGGACUUCCCACCGAGCGGGGCACAACCAGCAUGGAUGGUAAAAAAGCAGGAGGCAACUCAGACCGCCAGCGUGCCAGGUGUAACAGCAUAACUAGUCGUGGUCACAAGGCCAGUGGCCCUGCAGCACUCGCUACUGAUAUAUUCUUGAAGCAACUAAAACAGGCUUAAGUGAACCUGUGAUGGACACUCAAACAUUUCUCCUUCCUCUCUGUGAAGUAUUGGAAACAAUCUUUCGGAAAGGCCUUAAUCACACAGUUCACUCUGCUUUUGGCCUUACAAGACGAGACUAUUGGUCAUGGGUGGAGAAAACUACACAGAUGUGUGCAGGGCUUGACAACAGUUACAAGCAUAUUGUAGAAGCUGUAGCAAACAACAUGUCUGUGUCAACACCACAGGGUCGAGGAAGAUUAUUCAUUAGGCAUGCCUUAAAAAACAAGUGUCUUCAUGUACCAGUUGAAACUAUCGUGCGCAUGAAAUGCAACAGUGGCAUAUAUGAAGAAGACUCUAUAAUUGGGAAUGAAAUCUUGGGUGAGAUCUUCCUCAGCCUCCUCUAUCAGUGCUCACACAUCAGUUUUGACCUGCAGCUAGAGAAUGCCUCUUUUCUGGAUGAAACAUGGCAACUUCCAAUAUACCAGGAACAUGAACUUGUUCCCUGUAUGGAUCUUGGAGUGUAUCUUGGUCAUGUGAGCGGAAGAGCUGUGGUUGUGAAGGUGGAGGAAGGGAGUGUUGCAGCAGAAGAUAACAAAAUAGAGAUUGGUGACGUAAUUGAUGAAGCUUUUGGGACAUGUAUUCAUGGCUGGCGCCGUGGCCGGGUGUCUGCCUUGUUGCGCCAAAACCGAGGGCUUCCUGUGUCACUCAAAGUCAUUAAGGGCCACUACAGUAAUGGUACAGUGUUUCCUGGAGUGGUACCACUUCUGCGCCGCCUUCACCUUGAUAUUGACACCUUAGAGGAAAAGUUUAGAGAGACUGCUCUGAAUGAAAGCCAAGAAACAUCACUCAUCAGUAAUCAAUUAGAAGGUCAUGUGGUGCAGUACUAUGGAAGCAUAUCAGUGGGAGUGUCAGGUGAUGUGACACACAUUGAGCAUGCUGUUUCAGCAGUUCUCAGUCAGAAUAGAGAACCUGUAACAGUCACACUUGUUACUGGUGAAAUUGGUGUCCAAGCUCUUCUGAAAAGUAACAGGAAGAUGUUGCUCAGCCACAGCUACACUGAGAUUUCUUCAUGUGGGCGGAGGAAUGAUCUGCUUGAAUACUUUGCCUACAUUGCAGGGGACACCAGUUGUACCAUAUCUCUUCACUUCACCUGCUAUGUUUUCCGAGCUAGAACAGUGGAACAGUCAAAGGAAAUUCUACUGACCUUAGCUGAUGGCUUCCAUAGAACACACUGGGCAGUAUAAUAGUAGCUUGAUGUAAUGAAGGUUAUUGAUGUAAUUAUAUUCUUUGUGACUUUAGGUAUGUAUGUACUAUUUUUCUAAAUGGCACUUGAUUGUUUCUUAAAAUUUGGUGCCUUUCUGACUAAGAAUUUUGUGCAUGACAAAAAGGUACUAUGCCACCUAUUGUGAUCUUUAAUGUCAUGUAAUUGUAAGCUAUUCUAAAAGAAGAUAGCAUACCUGUUUUGUCUGAAACUGUGUACAGAGAAACCCUGGUUAUCUAGCACUCAUUAGGAACUACAUGUUCUGGUCAGUUGAAUUUAUUGGUUGCUUGAGCAUCAAUACACAAAUAUCUUAUUUUAUAUUACUAUGCAUCAAGCUCCCCUGGUAUGCAUAAUUUUCUCCAUUUUGUUGGUUCACUACUCUUGUAGAUACAACAGUGUAUUGUGAUCAGUGAUUAAAGUUAAUACAAAGGGAAGAUGAUGGGACAUGAGGGCUGAAAAGUGCCAGUUUUGAAGUAAACAAAGAUGACAGUUAUUUGAAUUCAAUCUCUCCCACCACGAUGCUGUUAGUAACAAUAGAGCUGCAACUUGCAUGUCCAACAUACCAAGGGUUGUUUAUGUUAAUCAUCAGGUUAACACAAACAGCUGACCAAUCUACAUGGCUAGUGAAAAAAAAAAAAACUUUCAUCAUACCACUGAGACGUCUUUGGAAGGGAGAUACUGAUCUGUGUCAUAUAUUUACUGCUUUGCACUCUUCAUACCAUCUGUUAUUAAGCAAUAGUGUAUGGGAUAUAACUCUGUCAGUGACUUGGUGUAUGAUAAACUUAUGAUAAUUAAAUACAUCUGUCCCUGCUUAACAGCUAAGGUAAAUGUUAAGGUGUUGGCUCCCUUUGUAGUCAGCCAUGUAUCCUUAGUUUGUUUUUGUUUGCUCUCAUUUACUAGAAGGUUAAGUGCUUUAUCCAUCUGUACAAGAGCUGUUGAUAAUAUUAAUAUAAAUUUAAAAGUAUAUAAAUUCACAAUGUAUGCUCGUAUCAUAAAUUGGGCAUUUUCUUCUUAACUCUAUCUGUCUGCCCAUCUAUCUGCAUAUAUCUUUGAUGAUUCAUGUCCCUCUGGACACUACUGAAGGACUUGUAUCAGAAGAUGUCAUGUUCUUAAAUGUGCUAAUCUUUCCUGUUCUAGUAAUCCCUUUUUUUUAAUGAUCAGAGUUUCACUAGUUGUCUCACUUCUUCUAAACAACUGAUUGUUUUUAUCCAUCUUGUUGGUGACCUCCUCCUCACACAGACUUACAUUGUAUAUAGGGAAGAUAUAUUUAGUGUGUAAAACCAGACUGUUUUGUCUCCAUAUACUUAAACACAAGGAAUCAUUGUUUGCAAACAAUGUUUCAAAACUGUUUCUCAGAUGUUUGCCAAUUGUUUGCAAACAGUAAAGUAGGCUUCAUGGAUGUUUGGAUGAGUGGAUAGACAAAUGAGUGAGUGGAUAGUUGGAUGAGAGGAUGGAUGGAUGGAUAGUGAAUGGAUGGAUGCAGAGAUGGAUGAAUGGAUGGAUGGAUAAGUUGAAAGAUAGCUUGAUGAAUGGAUGAGUGGAUAGAUGGUCUAGAUAGAAAAUAUUGUUUCCAAACUUUUUCCUAAUGUUUUUCAAAUACUUAUCAAAAGUUUCUUAAAUGUUGCCCAAAUGUUUGCAAACAGUUCCUAAACAAUGUUUAAUGGUGUGAAUGUGGCUUUAUGGAUUAGCACACAGUAUAAUAAAUUAUGGUGACAUUUUGUACAAACAUUUUGCAUAUAGUACUUUUUUCUUUCUUUUUUCUGGUACUCAUGCCUUUCUUGCUUACUUUUCAUGAUUAGAGCUGUUUCAAGAGCAGAGUAGUCAGUCAACUGACAAAUAGAUACUAAGCUGAAUUAGCACAGUGGAAAACAAGCACUAAUAGACAGCACACAGAACUGCUCAUGACUGAAAAUAGCACCAAUUCAGUGUUUUAUAAAAUUAUUAAUUUUCUUUCUAAAUACUUUUCCUAAAAAAAAAAAAAGAAAGAAAAAAAAGAAAAGAUUUCUGAUUGCCUGAUUAUCGUGCAUAGUUCAUUACUGGAUAGCUGGGGUUUCUCUAUAUAGACAUAGAGAAAAGGACAGGAAAAAAAUCUUGCUGGCAGUUUGUAAGCACAGGAAAUUAAAGAUACAUAAUCAGAGAAAGCUAACAUCAUGUUGUCUGGGAUGAAGAAUAAGAUGGUUCACUUAAAGAAUAUAUAUAUAUAUAUAUAUAUAUAUAUAUAUAUAUAUAUAUAUAUAUAUAUAUAUAUAUAUAUAUAUAUAUAUAUAUAUACACAUACAGUAAAAUCCCUCUUAUCCGGCAUCAACGGGACCGCCGACAUGCCGGAUACUUGAAUAGAAGUGAAAUUAUGUUCACAAUCACCACCCUACACUCAUGCAUCUUACCAUAACAGAGAUCAGCUGAUCUUAAUCAGCAGCUGAUCUGAUCAGCUGCUUAAGUAUAAGCACAACACGCUUCCUCUUUUCUACAACUUUAGGCAUGAUGAAGGCGUCAGGCGAUAAACAGUGCACACGCGGGACUGAGUCACUGAGUAAACACAGUGCAGUGGGCUGCGGGUGGUGCGAAGCAGUGCUCUCUGGUGGCGAGGGGACAAAGUAUGCCUCGCACGGGAAUUUUAAAUCAAUUUUAUGAGUACACAUUGAUUUUUUUAUUGAUUUUAAGGCUCGGGGAAAAAUGUGCUGGGUACUUGAAGCUGCCGGAUACUCGAAUGCCAGAUGAGAGGGAUUUUACUGUAUAUAUAUAUAUAUAAUAGAUGAUAAUGCAUUGCAGUCUAAUAUCAUGAUAGAUGCAAAAGAAAAUUUUAAAAUCUUUUGGCAUUUCUCAUCAAAUACUGAAGGGGCUUAAAGAGAUUAAAGAAAGUAGUCAAGAAAUUACCGGUGUAAAGAACUUCGGGUAAGAUCAAGAAAAAAAUAUAAGAUAUACUGUAUUGUAAUAUAUUAAAAAUAUAUAAUGGCUUACUUCACUUGCAUAACUUUAGAGUCAAAGAUACUUAAUUUUUGUUCAUAUUAUAGAAUUAACCACUGUAUUGAUAUGAGUGUUUGCAGACCACAAAAAAAUCAACCCAAAGGCCUUCUGCUGACUGCGGGGAACCACACUGUUUUAAGUAAUGGAGGAUGACUCGUAUGGCAGCUUUUUCUCUUGCAUGAAGUUACUUAGAAUAAAUAAAGGAAUCAAAAAUAUAAGUGCAUCAAUAAGAGAAUGUUAAAUAUUUGGUGUGAGGGACCAGUAAUAUAUACAUUAGAAUUUCAGGGAUUUUUAGGAUAAAAUCUUGCCCAUAUCACUAUAGGUAUAAACAAGAGAUGGAGUGAAUAUGGGUGUUCAGUAUUUGAAUGCAGAUAGAACAUGAAUGCCAAAAAUACUUGACGUGAAUAUAGUUACUAAUAUGUUUUGAAUGUUUUUAUGAUUCUCUUAAAUAUAGGGAAACGUGUCAUCAUAGCCAGAGAAGGAUAACUAACAUUAUGACCUGGUACUGCUCUUAAGUAUCAGGAUGUUAAACUUACUCUCUAUAGAUCCGUAGAUAUAUUGACUUACAAUGUCUCAUUUGAUAAGUUGAAUAUGGCUGAAAACCAACUGUACUAGUAGCAAGUCUGUCCUGUGCUUGUCUUAUGAUGCAUAACUGAUAUUUUUAAGAAAGGUGUCUUACCAGACAUUGCCACAGCACUCAGUCAUUCUCUUACCAAGCUUCAUAUAGGUACUUAUAUUAAGUCACCAUGAAUAUGAGAAGCAUCACUGCUUCUCAUAAGUCAAGGUAAUUCUUGAGUCCUUGUAAAGGGAGAAAGACUGAGCACAGUGGUGCUAUCAAGCGAGAACUUUCAUUAAAUUCCCUUAUUGAUAUCAUGCAUUUUGAAUGAUUUUUUGGAAUGCUAAUAAUGAGACAAAUUACUUUUUAUCUAUAUUGUGCAGUAGUUUCUUGGGAUAGUAUUUUCUUAAGUUGAAGGUAGCCUCUCUCUCUCUCUCUCUCUCUCUCUCUCUCUCUCUCUCUCUCUCUCUCUCUCUC